AAUAUGAACUAAAUGAACUAACGUGACUAAUAAAAAUAACAAGAUAACCAGUACAUAAGGUCAUUGCGCUGUCGGAAUCCAUGGCAUGAAGACUCGCAAGUUGUUUUAUAGAGUUCAGUUUUUUCUUUCUAAAUCUGCGUAGUGUACAAACAUGGAGUCAUUCGUGGAAGAUCUAAACAGUCAGGUCCAGUGUUUAUUCUGUCAUGAAACGAUGAACGAGCCAAAGUUGUUAAAAUGCUUCCACACUUUUUGUAAGCAUUGUAUCAAGUCAAAUGCACAACUCGAUGGAAAUAUCACCAUUUUCAAGUGUCCCCAGUGUAUCUCACAAACCGUGCUUGAACAACUGAGCGACGUGGAAGACUUGCAAACCAGCAUGAUACACACACGAAUCCUCCAAGUCUUGUCGUUUUUAGAGAACCAGAAGGUUUGUUCAGUUGAAGUGGGUCAUUGUGAAGCGUUGUGGCGAUGUCUAGACUGUGAUUGCUCGUUGUGUGAUGAAUGUCUGGGUUAUCAUGCUAAGUUUGCCAAGAGUCAUAAAGUCCUUUCGUUGUCCAACCUGACUAAGGAAGACAUUGGAACAAUGACGAAAAGAGAAGAGUCUUGCAAAACCCACAUCAGUGAAAAUGUUGAAUGGUAUUGCCGAGACUGCGAUAAACUCAUCUGCGUGCUUUGCUUGAAAGAUCACGAUCACGAUGAGCAUAAAUUAUCAUCACUGCCGAAAUUCCUCAUUAAUGCAAAAGAAAUGCUGUCCAAAAACCUUGAAGAAAUCAAAGAGCUGACUUCUAACGGAGAAGAAAGGAUGAAGCAACAAGAAAACAUUGCCAUUGACAUCCGAGAUUAUGGGGAAAAAGCGAAAGAAAAUGUCAAGAAAGUAACAAAAAGAUUGGUAAAAUCACUGCUUGACCAGGAACAACAACUUUUAACUCACAUCCAGAAAACCAUAACGAAGGCUGAAAGGAAUUUACGAAUAUUUCAUCACACCUCAGCAGCACAAGAGUUCAUCGAAUACUUCACUCACAAUGGAACAGCAAGUGAAAUGAUUGAGAUUCUAAACGAAGAAUGCGCUAAAAAGUUCACGUAUGAACCUUUCCAACAUGAUCUGGGUGGAAUUGAUUUCAAACCAAAUGAAAGGCUUUAUAGUCAAGUGAAGACUGGGUUAGGAAAAGUAACAUUCUGUAAAAAGGCGGAUGCAAAUCAGUGUUCAUUAAAAGUUGAGUCUAACAUAGAGGCUAUGAAACUUACCAAGCUGACAGUAGUAAUGAAAACUACAGAAGGACAAGCGGCUAAUGAAUAUCUUGACAAUGUAACCAUAUUGGUGACCCCUGAAGAUGACGUUCAGUUGGGAGAGAAAGAGAUGAUGGUUGAUGGUGAGGCAACAGUGAACUUAACUGCCCAUUUUCCUGGUCAAGUAACUGUGCACAUUGAAGUACGUGGAAAUCCUGUACCUAAUAGUCCAAAUGUGUUGAACGUCAAACCACAACACAUACCAAUUAAAGUCACAAAGAUAGCACAGGAUUUGAGUAUAGGAUCAAAGGACUUUCGUGGUAUUGCAGUGAACAAGUCAAACACUAGAAUUGCUGUAGGAGAUAGCUCUUCACACUGCAUUAGAGUCUUCAACAUCGGAGGAGAUUUGCUACUGAAAUUUGGUAGUGAAGGUAGUGGCCAAGGACAAUUUAAACAUCCAUUUGGUUUAGAAUUUAUUGGAGAGACUGAUUUAGUCGUUUCUGACUUUAAUAACCACAGAAUAUGCAUUCUUGAUACUGUAAAGGGAAGGAUAGUGAAGACUUUUGGUUGUCAAGGUAUGGGAAAUGGACAACUCAAAUAUCCCCGUGGAAUGUGUGUUGAUGAUGCUUUUAACAUCUUCUUAUGUGACUCUGAAAAUCAUCGUAUACAGGUAUUCUCUAAGGAUGGUGAUUUUUUAUAUAAGUUCAACCUACAAAAUGGAAAGCCAUUUGGUAUAAUCGCACACAAAGGACUGUUCUAUGUCAGUGUUAGUGUUCCAUCAAUGGUCCAUGUGAUUGAUAUGAAGAACAAACAGUUAUCAAGCAUAAUUAAUACCAUAGGUGGCAAGGACUGUGGUGUUGGUCAACUAAAGGAACUAAGAGGUUUGGCCAUUGACAGCGAUGGUAAUCUACUAGUGUGUAACGAGAAGAUGAUAUCCAAGUUUACUUUGGAUGGUCAUUAUAUAGGAAGAACAAAUAGCCUAAGUUAUAACCCCUACUUCAUAGAAGCACUGGCUGAUGGCAAUGUUAUUUAUUCUUCAAUGGGUGGAGGCUUGUUUUCCAUAUAAACUGCAAAGAGGAGGCCACUGAUAUAGGGCGCUAAACAGUAUAAGUAUUAGUUCAUUAAUUACAGUACUAACAGUAGCUCUUACUUACUGUUAUCACUGUAAAUACUGUUAUCCAGAACCAGUUAUCAUUAUAUUAGUUUGUGUUACAUUUUUAAUUUCCAUGAUUUUUUUUCAUUGAUUGACAUUUGAAAUGUAGAAAUGCAGGUAAUCAAACUUGUCUUAAAGGGAAAUAAAUAUAUGAUGUGAAAUUAAUAUUACAUUUUGUACUUAAAAAAGUUUAUGAACAACUGAGGCUUAAAGAAUAGGUAGAACCAAC